AUGUCUAUUGUUAGAUCUAGAAGCCUGGGAUUCAUCGGAAUCGGGGCGAUGGGUCGACCCAUGGCGGAAAAUCUCGCAAGCAAAUUACCACCCCCUUCCAUUAUUAACAUCUACGAUGUGUCCGAGAAGGCGAUGGACGAGUUAUCCAUGAGGAAUGACGGAAAGAUAGUGAAGUGCUCAAGCGCGAAAGAUGUGGCAGAAAAAUCAGUACGCAUUGCAGACUUCCACAAAAGCCUUUCAACAUUCAGAUUCUCGCCAAAAGGCCUAGAAGCUGGGAUAUGUACCGCCGAUAUAUCCAAUAAGCUGAUCAUCGACUGCUCUACAAUUGAUACCGCGACAAGUCUCUCAAUUAAAGAGAAUAUUUCCGCAAAGUUUCCCAGUGCAUCGUUCUACGAUGCGCCUGUCAGUGGUGGCGUGAUCGGUGCUAAAAAGGGGACUAUCGCGUUCUUCCUUGGUUGCGCGAAUGACGACCCAAACCUCCCUCAGCUUGCAGAACUCGCGUCUAUGAUAGGCAAGCAAGUCAUACCCUGUGGUGGGCCAUCCCUAGGCCUCGCAGCAAAGCUUUCGAAUAACUAUCUCUCUGGCCUGAUCGCCAUCGCUUGCUCGGAAGCAAUGAACAUGGGAAUGCGCUCAGGGCUGGAUCCUCGUGUGCUGGCCAACGUCUACGCCGCAGGUACUGCACAAAAUACGAUCUGCGACCGGUUCAACCCUGUCCCGGGUGUAUAUCCUGAUUCUCCGUCGAGUAAUGGAUACAAAGAGGGGUUUAAAGUGCAACUCAUGAAGAAGGAUAUUGGGCUGGCUGUUGAGAUGGCACAGAGAGUCGGGGCACGGUUGGCCUUGGGCGAAGCGGGCCUGAAGGCCUAUGCAGACGCUAGUGAAGAUCCCAGGUGUAGAGAUCUAGAUUCGAGGGUUGUUUAUCGGUUUCUAGGGGGAAUUGAGGAUUGGGAAGGGAGAGAGCAGUGA